CCGCUCGUUCAUUUGUAACGGCAGUUCCUGUAUUCUCCCUCCAGUUGUUACCCCAUCUGCACAGACCGCUUUAAAUGUAGGACCAGGACAAGAUGGCGGAUAUAUCUUUACUCCAAGAGGAUUCCCAGGAGGAGUUGGACGGAUUUGGUGUGGAUGACUACAGCUCAGAGUCUGACGUCAUUAUUAUACCUUCAGCCUUGGAUUUUGUAUCGCAAGAUGAGAUGCUGACUCCUCUUGGAAGAUUGGAUAAAUACGUCGUUAGUGAAAAUAUUUUUAACAGACAGAUGGUGGCACGAAGUUUGUUGGACACACUAAAAGCAGUGAGUGAGGAUGAGAGGGACUGUAUCGGCGUCUUGGAGAGAGUGGGUCGACUUGCUGAUGACUCGGAGCCCUCUGUAAGAGCAGAACUAAUGGAGCAAGUUCCUCACAUGGCCAUUUUCUGUCAGGAGAACAGACCUUCCAUUCCGUUUGCCUUCUCUAAGUACCUGCUACCGAUCGUGGUGAGAUACCUUGCUGACCAGAACAACCAGGUAAGGGAGGUCAGGAAGACCAGCCAGGCGGCCCUGCUGGUGCUGCUGGAGCAGGAGCUGAUUGAGAGAGGGGACAUAGAGACCCUGGUGUGCCCCGUUCUGGUGGACCUGACCGCCCCCGACAGCAACGACGACGUCAAGACGGAAGCCAUGGCCAUCAUCUGUAAGAUGGCCCCCAUGGUAGGCAAGGACAUCACCGAGCGCCUCUUCCUGCCCCGCUUCUGUGAGAUGUGCUGCGACUGCAGAAUGUUCCACGUGCGCAAGGUUUGCGCUGCAAACUUUGGCGACAUUUGCAGUGUUGUUGGAGGAGAGGCAACAGAGGAACUCCUGUUGCCCCGCUUUUUCCAGCUCUGCUCGGACAACGUGUGGGGGGUGAGGAAGGCCUGCGCUGAGUGCUUCAUGACUGUUUCCUCGUCCACCUCGCAGGAAGUGCGCAGGACCAAGCUAUCGUCGCUUUUCAUCAGCCUCAUCAGUGACCCCUCCCGAUGGGUGCGCCAGGCUGCCUUCCAGUCGCUUGGCCAGUUCAUCUCCACGUUCGCCAGCCCCAACAGUGUGGGCCAGUACUUCAGAGAGGGGGAGGAGGGCAACUGUGUCCACUCACAGAACAGUAUUGAAGAGAAACCACUGAAUCUGGACACUACAGACCUUUCCCUCAGCGCAAACACAGAUGACCCUCAGAGGCGGGGGGAUGACUCUCCUGUACGCACAAAUGGCAACCACGUAGAGGGUUGUCUACAACAGGACUGCAUUUCCAACCAUGCCCAGGGGGACCACAGCGAGGGGGAGCAUGGGGGGUUUUGCCGGACAGAGGAGGAGAUGGGUAUAAUGGACGUGGCAGAGCAGGGGGGUGGGGAGCAGACGGCGGAGGCUUUGGCGGAUGCCCUGGACGGUCCCGAGUGCCCCUGUGGGAAGGAGGCUUCCUCGCUCGCCCCCAACCCGGACUCCUCGGAGAAGGAGGGAGACUCUACCAGCACAGCAGGGGCUCAGGAAGAGGAGAAAGCCCCUUCAGUGGCUACUGAGAGCACUAAGAACGAGCCACAGCCACAUGAGAAACGCACAACCUCUAACGAGAAGGACGACUCACCAGCAGACAUAUUGGCGCCCUCAUCCUUCUCCCUCCCUGAACCAGCAGAGGAGGAGUCCCCCUACGUCAGUCCUCAGGACAAUAUCCCUGAGCAGGAGCUCUACAACUCCUUCCACUUCUGGAGGUUGCCCAUCGCUGAGAUGGACCUGGACAUGGAGCUGCUCCAGCAGGGGGAGAGGGUCCCGGAGGAGCCCCCCUGCUACGUCUCCUCCAGUCAGGGCAAGGCUAAAGCCUCGGCCCCAGUCCUGGAUAGGAAACAGCUGGAAGAGCUGAUCGAAAACCUGGAGCCUCAUAUUGAUGACCCCGACGUGAAAGCACAAGUGGAUGUCCUGACAGCUGCUCUGAGAGCCACAACCAUGGACUCUCACCUAGAGGAUGCCUUCCUGGAGCCCCGGGACAGCCAGGGGGGAAACCACUACGACAACCCCUUUGGAGUGCACCAGAUGCCCCUUAUAGGACACCAUUCAGACAUGGAGAGGCGAAACUCCACCCUGCAGAUGCACCAUGGCGAUGACUCUGAGCUGAGCGAUAGCAGCUUCAGUCCAGAGGACGAGAAGAAAUCCAAGCAUCAGGACGUGAUCCCUCAGGCCCUGCUAGACCAGUACCUGUCCAUGACGGACCCUUCCAGAGCUCAAACGGUGGACAUGGAGAUCGCCAAGCACUGUGCCUACAGCCUGCCUGGUGUGGCCAUGACCCUGGGCAGACAGAACUGGCACUGUCUCAGGGACACCUAUGAGACCCUGGCCUCUGACAUGCAGUGGAAGGUGCGUCGGACGUUGGCCUUCUCCAUCCACGAGCUGGCCCUGAUCCUGGGGGACCAGCUGACUGCUGCGGACCUGGUGCCCGUCUUCAACGGCUUCCUCAAGGACCUGGAUGAGGUGCGGGUAGGGGUCCUCAAACACCUCUACCACUUCCUUAAGCUGCUGCACCAGGACACGCGGCGUAAAUAUCUGUACCAGCUCCAGGAGUUCCUGGUCACAGACAACAGCCGCAACUGGCGCUUCCGAUCAGAGCUGGCAGAACAGCUGGUGUUGUUACUGGAGCUGUACAGUGGUCAGGAUGUGUAUGACUACCUUCGACCCCUGGCCUUCAGCCUAUGUCUGGACAGAGUAUCCUCUGUACGCUGGACCUCCUACAAACUGGUGAGUGAGAUCAUCAGGAAGGUGGCGUCGUGCCAGGCGCUGCUGGCAGACUUCCUGAGUGAGCUGGUAGAGAAGUUCUGCCACUCCUCCAAGUGGUCGGGACGACAGGCCUUCGCUUUCAUCUGUCAGCUGGCGAUUGAGGAUGACUGUGUGUCGUUGGAGCAGUUCACGGAGCAUCUGCUGGCCCCUUUGUUACAGCUGGCCUCCGACCCCGUUGCCAACGUCAGGGUGCUGCUGGCCAAGACCAUCCGUCAGAGCCUGCUGGAGAGAGAGUACUUCCUGCAUUCUGCCAACUCCCACCAGGAGGCGCUUGAGCAGACAUUGGUGGCCCUGCAGAUGGACCUGGACAAGGACGUCAAAUACUUUGCCAGCGUGCAUCCUGGGAGCACUCGCCUCAGCGAGGACGCCAUGAGCACCACCUCCUCCACCUACUGAGCCCAGAGCACCGCUCGCCCCUCUAAACACACACAGGGUAGGGUGCAGAGGGCUUGAGGUAGCUUCUGUUACUGGCACUUCUACUUCUAAACAGCCACAAGGGGAGGACCCAUGAAUCAAUACAACAGAUACAUUUAGUGCUUUGAUUUGUUUUAUAUAUUUUUUUGCCACAGAAGCCUUAAGUGUCUUCCUUAAACUGGAAAAUACUUGAAUGUCCGGAGUGGAUUCAGUGACUAACAAAACAAAUGGGGGGGUGAUGAGGGGACGCAUGGGGCCCGGCGCUAAUAAGGACCCCCAUCAGUACCUCUCCUUCCCGCUCUCUUUCUAUCGCUCUCAUCCUCCCGAAACUUAGCGGAAAAGCCAGUAUCUCACAAGCUUUAUCGAACCACAUAGCAGGACGACUGUCUCUAACUCAAAACGUUUAAACGGUGUAAUGUUUCUGUGAUUGCUUUUUCUUAUUGAUACUGUAUAAAUGACUCCUAUGCUGCAUAUAUUAAAAAAAACAAGACUUAAAAAAAAUGUCUGUACCAUCACAGCCUUUUUCUGUGGACGUAGCACGUCUUCUCCUGGGCUCCUGCCUCCAUUGUUUUAACUCUCUAGUGCAGCACAUUGUUGUACCCAUAGACAGAGGGCCUCCCCCUGGCAGGCAGGGGUCCCUGUUUUAAUGAGAAGUAAAUGUAUUUUUUUAUUAUGGAUGUCCGUUUUGCGGUGUUUUUUUUAAGUAAGCGGAGAGAUAUCCAAUUGUAAAAGGUCAGCACACUUGAAACGUGGUAUUUAACCUGAGAAUAAAAUACUGCGCCGCACCCCCGGCUGUUGUACCCUAUUCUGUACAUAUCUCCAGCACCUUCUCCAUUUUGAUCAACGAUCAUGUAUAGUAUUGUGAUACCUGUCGCAACAUUAAAUAAAAAAGCAGGCACAAA